GAGCCCCCUGCAAGAGAUGAUUUCUGGCGGGGUGGACGUGCCUGUCACGAAGUGGCAGCAGUUCACGAGGUACUCACCGAACAAGGUGGAGCAGCUCCCUGCAGGGCUAAGAACUAUGCGGUGGUUCUGGGACUAUGUCGCGAACCUGUCAGGAGAGGAGCGGUCUGCGCUGCUGCAGUGGAUCACCGGAUACCGGCGUAUCCCCCCAGGUGGCUUCCCCGCUCCCGUGCCUUUCAUGACGCUUCACCUGACGGAUGCCAGCCCACAGCGCCUGCCAACUGCCCACACUUGCGGGCUGCAGCUGGACCUGCCGCGAAACUAUGGCACCUACGAUGAACUGCGAAUACGGCUGAGUGACGCCAGCCGCUGCCGCCAAUUCUUCAUAGCUUAG